GGGUCCGCUUGACAACUAUGCUUGCCAUAGGUGCAACUAUUUGUGACAAUCCAAAUCAAAAGGGACCUUAUGGCGGUCGGCGCUUACGUCAUUAUUAACGGCGCGCCAAUACUAAUGUGGUCCUCCGCGACGUAAGCGCCGGCCGGUGGCCUGGCGGUGAGAGCGUGCGACUUGCAAUCCGGAGGUUGCGGGUUCAAACCCCGGCUCGUAUCAAUAAGUUUUUCGAGACUUGUACGAAAUAUAAUUUGAUAUUUACCAGUCGCUUUCCGGUGAAGGAAAACAUCGUGAGGAAACCGGACUAAUCCCAAUAAGGCCUAGUUUACCCUCUGGAUUGGAAAGUCAGAAUGGCAGUCGCUUUCGUAAAAACUAGUGCCUAUGCCAAUACCUGGGAUUAGUUGCCAAGCGGACCCCAGGCUCCCAUGAACCGUGGCCAAAAUACCGGGACAACGCGAGGAAGAUAAUGAUGAUGAAUUCAUAUUGAAUAAAAUAAUAAAGCUCCUGUGGCAAAUUAAAGAGCCAGAAUUUCCGAGUUGAUAUAAUAGGCCAUGAAUAGGCCCCGUUUUUACCAUAUGAAAAGAAACUUGCAAACCACAAAAGAAAGCUGCUCGGUACCUAUAAACUUAAUGGUUUUUUCUUUCAUUAAAAACGGCUUUCUCAAAGAAAACUACAAAACUACGUAUAACAAUGACUUACUAACAACAAUCUAAACUGGAAAUUGGUAGACUUUACACCUUUCCAAUAACGUUUCAAAUAGUUAACACUAAACGAUGCUACAAAUCGAUUUUGGUGUUUACAUGACUACACGUUCUUGGCAACGGCGAAAUGUCAACCGCCCUCCAAACAAGCCCGGGCUCCAAAUAAGCGGGACGUGUAAAUAAUACUAUGGAAGACGAUAAGGGGAAGGAGGACGCGGAGGAUUGGAAGAUUUACGAGGCCCUGUGCAGCAAAACACCAACAGAGAUGGACGCGGACGUGGGGAAUGACGUCGUCACCGCCUUGAGGAGCGAUCUCGCGGGGCUGCAGUAUAAGCGAGAUAAAUUGUUGUCUGAAGUCAGCGAUUUAAAGAACCAAAUGCUUUCUCGUGAUCAAAGAAUUUUAGAGCAGCAGGUGGAAAUCGACCACCUGCGCGAACAAAAUGCCAGACAAAAUGCGGUCAUAUCAUCUCUUAGGAAGAAAAUACAGGACCUCGAAGAAAUACAGCGCAACCUGCAAGCUGCUCAAGGGAGGAGCGACAUGACAGUACAGACUUUACAGAGGGAUAACCGCUACUACGAUGACAAAAUAAAAGUUAGAAAGAAGCUUCGCACUCUUGAAUUAGAGUGUCACAACGAAGAGCAACAGAAGGAAAAUGCACGCUGCCAGUUUCACGACUUAGUGCGUCGCUUAUCUGCGGCGUUGGACGCUGAAUUCUGCGACACUACCCACACCCAUUCCCCCGAAAGCCUUAUAAUCAAAGCGGCGGAGUUGGUGCAAGAAAUAACAAGGCUUAAAAACAAAUGCAUGAACACUACGGAGAACUUGUCGAGUGUUGAGCAGGACUUUAGGAGUUGCCGGGAUGCGCUGGAGAGAGCUAACGCGGAUAAAGACAUGCUGCAACGACAGGUGACAUCUCAGCUGCUAGAGCUGGAGCGACUACGGCAGGAGAAGGAGUCUCUAUCCGUACAAACAAGAGUCCUGGACCGCGAGCUGCAUGAGGCGCGCGAGAAACUGUCCCACUGCUCCAAGAAUCUAUGCGUCGUCACCGACAACGUCAACCAGAAUGAGUCCAUGAUUGUACAGCUGAAAGAGGACCUCCGCCAUCGCGACGAAAAAUACCAAAGAUUGCAAACGGAAUUCCGUAACACAAUGGAAUCAAUCGCGAUUCUCCUGAGCCUACCGACACGAUUCGUCGAGGCACACGAGAGCACUAUCAAGGACAGGAUUAGGGAGAUACUGAGCGAUAACAAGGAUAAAACAGUGCAAAUCGACGCGCUACGCGAGAAGCUGGGCAUGGAGUCGCAGCAGCUCAGCCGCGCGGCGCACGCGCACGACCAGGCCUCGACCCGCGUGCGGAUACUAGAGGACGAGCGCAACAUACUCGAGGGCAAGGUGCACAAACUAGAGGCUGAACUGGCGGCGCUCGAGCUCACCAGGGACAACUUACGCAAGGAUAAAGCUAAUUUUGUAGCAUUCCUCGAGCGGCUGAGCAGGACGAUGAAUAUGGACGAGCUGACCCAGGACAUCGGUAUCGAGUUGCACACGGACUCCAUCAUGCACCGCGCCGAGCAGCUGGCGAGGCUGGAGAGCGAUAAGAUUGUCGACAAGCUGCUAUAUUACGGAUACUAUGGCACGCUGCCUCGCCUACGCAGGGAGCGUUCUUUCCAUGACUUGCCUUACCUUAAAGAAACGGCCGUGGUGUACCAACUGCAAAGACGGAUAAGGAUCCUUAGGGAACAAAUCCAAAGGAAAGACUUACACCUGGACCUGUUACGGCGAAAACUAAGUGUACAGGAGGAGUCAUCGCGCGUGCGCGCCGUGCUGCAAGCCGAGCGCGACGAAGCGACAGCGCGAAGCAAGAAGCUCGCGCGACAGUGUGACAAGCUAGCUGCGCAACUCGGCGAUGCCCGCGCGCAACUUCGCGAUCUGCACGCGCAAGUCGCUGACGCGGCAGAGUAUAAGAUAACGUCGUUGGAGAGGGCGCGCAAGAUCGAAGAGCUGCAGAAAAAGCUGGACGAGGCCGAGCUGCUCCGGGCGCGAUACAACCGCAAAGUCAACGUGCUCAAAGACCAAGUCCGGAACACUGGAGAGACCUACGAGCAAGAACGGACCACAUCGGAGCACCAGAUCAAUAUGUUACGCGAUGACCUGGCCCGCACCAAAGAAGCGCUUGCUGAAAGUCACAGGAGAGAGGCGCAGCUCACCAGCUUUAGGAACUCAAUAGCGAAACUCCUAGGCAUCCUGGUGCCAUCAUCGGUGUCCGACUUCGAGAUGGUCUCACGGCUUCAGAAGCUGAUCGACGCGCAUCACGACUUCACCGUGGUGUCACGUCGGUACGACGACCCGACGCUGCUGCGGGCGUCGUCGCGCUCGCCGCCGCCGUCGCGCUGUCGCACUCGGACCCCCGACAGAUCGCUCCGCUACGAUGACUCAGGGUACGCGGACCCGGCAUUUGAUUUAGAGGACGACCUGUACAAGGCUCGUGCUGCCUUGUGACCCUCGCGCUCCCGUCGCCGUGCUCGCUUCUAAGUCUGGAGACUCUUUA